AUGCGAUUACAUCAAGCAAUCUCUAGAAGUGUUAGCCUUCGAAGAGCUCUACAGGCGAACCAAAUCUUCACAAGAACAUUGACACAACUGAGGAAAGAAGACGGCUCAGUCGCGAGAUCUCCUGCUGACGUCGCCAAAGCAGUCCAAGAAUUCUACAGCCAGUUAUUCUCCUCAAAAAGAUUACCUGCAUCAAUUCCAUGGUAUCAACUUGACGAUGUGCCACCAAUCCUAGCAGAUGAAGUAAGCCGUGCGGUGAAGAAAAUGAAGCUAGGAAAAGCGCCAGGACCAGAUCUGAUCACUGCCAAUCACUGA